UUAUGAAUAUGAAAAUGGGCAAUCGUAUCUUCCCUAUACACGACAUAAAAUGUACGUAGAUGAAGCUAGCGUCGUUUGCAUGGAACAUUGGCUGCAGCCUCCUUUACAUUUACCUCCUGUAAUGAGUGGCAGGUUUUGACGAUUCGCUCUCCCUUCACAGACUGCGCCUCUGUGGCAGAGUCUGUAAACAGAACGGAUUUCCCCACUGAGAGCCCUUUCAUCUCGUGAAUGCCUCUUCAUCGAAAUUCUGAUCGCAUUUAUUUUCGGUCUAUAGCGGCCUCUUGGUUCAUCUGCAGCCGCGAGCAAACUUUUCCUAGGGACUUCACGCUGUGGCGACCCCGCUGUAUGAGGAGGUAGAGAGGUGGACAGGAGUGGUUAUUUUAAAAAAUGUGUUGAAAAGAACCCAGUCAAAGAAUUAAGAGUGCACUUAUUGUCUAGUGAGCUGCCUCUCGGUUCAAGACUCGGCGAGAUUCGCCCGACGACUCUUCAGUUUAUUGGAGCUGUACUGAACGGUGCUCGGCGUCAUUGGCCUCCGGAACCUCCAAUGGGCGGCAGUUAACGCGCAGUAGCUGGAAGCAUUUUGUCAUUAAGCCGGAGUUCUAUACAGGGACCGCUAUUAAAAUGUAGGAUUUCUUCUUCUGCUCUGCAACUCAGAACGACGUUGGUGAUUAAUCAACGGUUGCACAUUUGGCAGCUGCUGCCCGUUCCCUUGAAAAUUGGGAUUAUUGAACAGCGACGGGUGUAAGGACCUGGGAGACACUGUUGCACCGCCGAUCACGGUGUAUUCCCGCUGUGGUGGGAGCGGAGAAUACGGAAUCUGCUUUUGCAGCCGUACAUCUGUAUAUACGUAUUUUAUUCACUCCGUUUUUUGUGCUUUUGAAGCGUGAAGUCGUACCAUGGGAUGGUCGGAAAGGAGAAUGCACCUUUUCUUCUGCCGUCGCGACGCCCUGUCAUAGAGCUUGCGGACUUGUCUCUGUAAGUCUGUCACUGUCUUCGCAGUCCAUCUCUUCCCCACACUUGGGUCGCGCUGACUGCGACUGAACUGGGCACUUCUAGAACACAUACGCCUGUGAUCUCGAGAGGGGGAGAAGCAAGUGCCUGUGGAAGUAUCUGCCUGGCGAUGAAUCUGGCUCGCUUGUGAAGGGGCUCGCGGUAUUUUAAGGAGCGGGGUUUGAUGAGAGGCGCUGGAAUGCUCAAAGGUAGCAUUUACUGACAUCGGGACCAGCGCAGCAUUUCACUAGGUUUUAAGGUUGAAUUUCAAGCCAGAAAAUGAAAAUUCCCAUUCAGUUAAUGGUGCUCUUAUACACAUCCACCGUUCACAGCCUGAAGAUUGUGUCUAAACGAGGCUCAGCUGAUGGAUGUACUGAUUGGUCCGUGGAUUACAAGAAGUAUCAAGUCCUUAUGGGAGAACCAGUUCGAGUGAAGUGUGCAUUAUUUUACGGAUACAUCAGGGCGAACUACACCUUAGCUCAGAGUUCAGGACUGAGCUUGAUGUGGUACAAAAGUAAUGGCCAUGGGGACUUUGAAGAGCCCAUACCAUUUGAUGGAAUUAGAAUGAGCAAAGAGGAAGACUCCAUUUGGUUUCGUCCAACAGAACUACAGGAUAGUGGACUUUUUUCAUGUGUAUUAAGAAAUGCCACAUACUGUAUGAAGGUUUCAAUGUCACUGAUUGUAGCUGAAAAUGACACAGGACUUUGCUACAACUCAAAAAUGAAAUACUUCGAGAAAGCUGAACUCAGUAAAAGCAAGGAGAUUACAUGUCCAGACACUGACGAUUUCAUCCUCCCAGACAGUGAGCCUGUGGUAUGGUAUAAGGAAUGCAAGUCAAUGGCCUGGCGACCAUCUGUUGUCCAAAAGGGGGACAAUCUUCUGAUUCGUGAAGUUACAGAAGAUGAUGUUGGAAAUUACACAUGUGAACUCAAGUUUGGGAGCUUUGUGGUAAGAAGAACAACAGAGCUGGCAGUUACAGCCCCACUAACAGACAAACCGCCCAAGCUACUCUACCCUUUAGAAAACAGGUUAAACCCUGUGGAGGCACAGCUUGGCAUUGUUGCCAACCUCACUUGCAGAGCAUUUUUUGGCUAUGGUGGAGAGGUCAGCCCCAUAAUCUACUGGAUGAAGGGAGAGAAGUUUAUUGAAGACCUUGAUGAUAACCACGCCAGAGAAAGUGACAUGAGAAUUCUCAGGGAGCAUCUUGGGGAGAAAGAAGUUUCCAUUUCUCUACUAAUUGAUUCUGUGCAGGAUGGAGACCUGGGAAACUAUUCUUGUUAUGUUGAGAACGGGAAUGGACGAAGACAAGCAAGCAUUCUUCUUCAGAAGAGAGAGCUGAUGUACACUGUGGAACUUGCAGGAGGACUAGGGGCUAUUCUUUUACUGCUGAUCUGUCUGGUGACUGUGUACAAAUGUUAUAAGAUAGAUAUCAUGCUAUUUUAUCGCAAUCAUUUUGGAGCAGAUGAUCUAGAUGGAGAGAAUAAAGAUUAUGAUGCAUACCUGUCAUACACCAAAGUGGACCCUGACCAGUGGAGCCAAGAAACUACUGAGGAAGAACGUUUUGCUCUGGAGAUCUUACCAGAUGUGCUAGAGAAACAUUAUGGGUACAAACUGUUCAUCCCUGAUAGGGAUUUAAUUCCUACAGGAACAUAUGUUGAAGAUGUGGCACGAUGCAUUGAUCAGAGCAAGAGACUAAUUAUCGUACUGACCCCAAACUAUGUCAUAAGGAGAGGAUGGAGUAUAUUUGAACUGGAAAACAGACUACGCAACAUGUUGGUCACAGGUGAAAUUAAAGUGAUACUUAUUGAAUGCAGUGAACUUCGAGGAAUUAUAAACUAUCAGGAGAUUGAGGCUCUCAAAGACACAAUCAAGCUCCUUACGGUUAUCAAAUGGAAUGGACCCAAGUGCAACAAACUGGACUCCAAGUUCUGGAAACGUUUACAGUACGAGAUGCCCUUCAAGAGGAUAGAGCCGAUCUCUAAUGAGCAGGUCUUGGAUGCUAGCGAGCAGGGCCCAUUCGGGGAACUGCAGACAGUGUCUGCCAUCUCCAUGGCAGCGGCAACCUCCACGGCUCUGGCCACUGCCCAUCCGGACCUGCGUUCCACCUUUCACAACACCUACCACACGCAGAUGCGGCACAAGCAUUACUAUCGGAGCUAUGAAUACGAUGUACCUCCUACCAGUGGCAUCAUGCCCUUUACCUCAUUGGGUAAUCAACACACAUACUGCAACAUCCCCAUGACACUUAUUAAUGGCCAGAGGCCCCACAAUAAAAUAAGCAAGGAGCAAACUCCAGAUGAGGUUCACACAAACAGUGCUGUAUUACCACUGCUGCCAAGGGAGACCAGUGUGUCCAGUGUCAUUUGGUAACAGCUAUUGGGUAGUUUGUUCUCCAUCAGGUUACACAGUCUGGUGCCUGGGACCAUGGCCUUGACUGCUGCUGUUAUACAAAAAGAAAUAUGAAAACACAGGGUCUUGUAGAUAAAUAAUUUGUUUGUAACAUCAGAGUCUUCCUGUUCUAUUCUUGCCUCUCACUAUUACAUUUAUGAUUGUUUUCUAUGUUCUAUGUUAUUAGAACUGAUACUGGAAUUUUUAAGGGGACUGGCAAGCGUAUCCAUGUCACAUGAAGAAAAAAAUAUAGACAUGCUUUUUUCAUUAAUGUAGAUGGAAAUGGCUUGAUUUUGACAUUUUACUGGGAUGCUUUUGCAAGGUUGUGUGAUCAAACGUGUGAGAUUUUUUCCCCAGUUUUCACUCCAGAUAAAGAAUAACUAUAUAAAGCCACAGUCAGUUUCCUGAAAUGUGAUUUGUUGUUGAGGAUGUGUACAUUACUACAUUACAUAUUAAGUCAUAGGCAUUAUAUAUCAAAGACACUGAACCCUAGAGUGUAUAUGGUAGGUGACGUUUUCACUUCAGUAUGAUAACAGGUCAGUCUGAAGUACACCUUUAAUUGCAGAUAUUCACUGAAAGAACUUACUGAUGAAAAAUUAUUAAGUAGAAGCUUAAGAGAUGAAGUAGAUAUAGUCCUAGCGUAAACCAUUGAAAGUCACAAGAUAAUCAUAUUUUUCUUAAUAAUAAAUUCCUAUUAUACUUUCAGAUAUCGAUCAUGACUAGUGUUUAAAAAAGAAUCUGCUGACAGAAUGAGCUCAUAAUAAUGACUAACAAAGAAGACACAAUAUGACUAUUUAAGUGGAAAAUUAUGCUCUUGUACAACAGUAAAUUAGUCUUCCAAACAUUUGAAAAUAUUGUGCAAAACUAUGUUGCACUUCUCACAGGAAAAUGCACUUGAUGGAAGUUUUUUUUUAAUUUUCACAUCAGUGCACAAUUCCCAGAAAAUGAGAAAAAAAAAGUACAGUUAAAUCUUUUUUUUUGCUUAAGUGGUUUGUUUAAAUGUGGUUAGGGCCAUUUCUACCUCCACAAUAAUAAAUGGUAUUUCAGAAGAAAACAAGUUGUUUUUUGUGUCUUUGCCACAGCUGUUACCAUUAGUUAUCAAAUAGCCAUAUUACACCAAGCAUUAGAGAAACAUCAUUCUUCCUAUUGUGUUUCAACGCUGCAAAGUCAUUAGUUUUUUUUUCAUUUGCUUGUGGGUCACUAUAGUAAUAUUGUUUAAUGCCUCAAUUCACUCUUCACAUCAUUUUGUUAAAUAGACUACAAACCGCAGCCCACUAACAUGUUCAGUGUUUAAAAAUUAAAAUUAUUUUUUGCCAAAUGUUGUUGUCAACUUCAUUCAUUCCCCACAGAUACAUUUCUGUCCAUGCUAUUGAGGUACAGAUGCAGAGGUGGAAUGUUUUAAUUUGUUUCAUGGAACUUGUUGUUUCUUUUAUUAAUCAUGAGAAGAAACAAUAUGUUUGUCACCACAGAAUUUGUUUAUUGUGUCUUAACAGCCUAAAUACCAAAAAGCAUGGUAAUGUCCGCUAAUGGCAUGCUCCCUUUAUAAUCACUUAGUAAUCUAUGUUUUUUCAAAAUGUCAGCAUGCAUUCCUUGAUAUAGACAAUCAGUAGCUCUUUAAUAAUCUCUCUAGUGCCGCCAAUUUAUUAAUUUGAAUAGGGUU